AUGAUUGCACUCGGACUCCAGCCACUUCUUGCUAGCCAGUUCGCAGCCCUUGUUGUUGCAAACCACGUCCACUCCACGCAUGGCUUGAACUUUGACGCCGAAUUCGGCAACAAGCCUCAGCCAUUCACCAUCCAUGUCGACCAGACAUUUAUCAACGAAACGAAGGCGAAGGCAGAGAAGACGCGCCUCGUAGUCGACAUGGACCAACCCGACUACAUCGACGGAGUCCCUUCACAUGCCGUGGGCAACUGGUCUCGAUAUUGGGCAAAAGAAUACGAUUGGGGAAGGGUAGAAAGGUCUCUCAACAAGAACUUUCAGCAUUUCACAACGACGGUCAGAGCUGGGGAGAACUACACGCAUCCCAUCCCACUUCACUUCGUCCAUCACAAAUCUGACCGAAUCGAUGCGAUCCCCCUCCUUUUCCUCCACGGCUGGCCAGGUACCUUUCAUGAAGUGGCUGGCAUUAUCGAUUUGCUCACCAAUCCCCCAAACGACACUCUUCCGGCGUUUCAUGUGGUGGCGCCAGACUUGCCAGGGUUCGGCUUUUCACCUGCGCCCAGUCACCCGGGAUUGGGUUCCCGGGAGAUGGGCCAAGCAUUCAACGGCUUGAUGGCUCAGCUUGGAUACACCAAGUAUGUCGGCCAGGGAGGAGACUUUGGAAGUCAUAUUCUGAGGACCAUGUCGCCUGACUUUCCCGAGUCAUUGGUCUCGAUCCUCUCCAACCUUUUCAACGUGUCGCCAAACUCCACAGAUCUGGAACGUUUUGCCAAUAACCAGACCACCCCAGAGGAGACGGCCCUUAUCAGCAUGUUGACAAACCCAAGCUUUUCUUGGACCGCAGCAUACUGGGAUAUUGAGAAAUCUGUCCCGCUCCAGGUCGCCAUCAGCCUUACUGACAGUCCUGUGGCUUGGCUUGCUUGGCAGUACAUAGGCAUGCGGAUGCUGACUCCAGGUUAUGAGUGGGAAACAGAAGAGCUGAUUACAUGGUCUAUGUUGAACUAUAUCCAAGGACCCUAUGGUGGAUUUAGGCUUUACAAGGAAGCUGACCGCGAAGGAAUAUUGGAUGGCGUAUUCCCCUACGUUAAGCAGCCUGUUGGUGUCGUCAAGUAUUAUGGCGACGCAGGAUACAAUGUGCCUCUGGAGUGGGCUCAACGCCAAGGGAACAUCACUUUCUUUCGCAAGAAGACAGCGGACAUCCUUGGAGGGCAUUUCCCUGCUUUCGUCAACCCUCGGGGUCUGGUUGAGGACUGCUGGGCCUUUUGGGGAGACAAAGAGGCUUCUGGAACGCACAUUUUCUACUGA